AUGGGUUCCCUUGCACAGCCUAAGCUUCCUGUUAUAGACUUCUGUGAGAAAAACUUGAAGCCUGGUACAAAUUCUGGGCUAUCAACACGAAAUGAAACUGUGCGAGCUCUGGAAGAGUAUGGUUGUUUCGUAGCAGUGUAUGACACAGUUUCUUUGGAUCUUCACAACGCAAAUUUUCAAGCAUCAAAACAGUUAUUUGAUCUCCCCACAGAAACCAAAAAACAGAACACUUCUGAUACACCUAAUCAUGGCUAUAAAAUGCAACAACUCUACAAGGAGCUCAGAAAUUCACUAAUCUCUUCUGGCCCUCCGGAAAUGAUUUUGUCUGGUAUAAUUUGUGUGUUUAUGCAAAUAUGCGUGUUUUUUUUUUUUUUUUUUUCUUUUUUCGAAUGGUCUAUUAAUCUAACUUUAUGUUACUUGUGUUGUUUCUUGGUUAGUGAAACUGUACUUUCCUUCUCAAAGCUAGCAUCGGAAUUAGAUCAAACGGUGAAGAAAAUGGUAUCAGAGAGUUAUGGCAUACAGAAAUACCACGAGUAUCGCCUUGGAUCGACGUGUUACCUGCUUAAACCUACAAAAUAUAGAGAACCCAAAAUGAAUGAGACUAAUAUUGGUAUCCUCCCCCACACUGACAGUAGCUUCUUCACCAUUCUUCAUCAAUAUCAAGCAUGGACAAAUGGCAGAAUAGAAUCUCCUAUUCAUCGGGUGAUUAUGAGCAGCAAAGAAAGAUACUUCCUGGGUCUAUUUUCAUUAGUCAGGGAUCUGCUCAUAGAAAUACCAGAAGAGGUAGUUGAUGACGCACACCCUUUACAAUACAAGCCAUUUUAUCACUACAAAUUACUUCGCUUCUGUAAACUCGGAGGAGGGCAAGAGAAUGAGAUCCAAAUUGUCAAGGAAACCACUGAGGACUCUAGUUCAGUGAGAACUUCCUCAUUGUGA